AUUAGAGCGUAUAAGCAAGUGACAGUUUUUUUUUUAAUCACUCUCUCUUUUUCAUUUUUGUGCGAUUUAAAAGAUUUUCUUUGAUUUCACUACUCUGUUUGAAAAACGAUUGUUUCGGGUAUCAUUUUAUGCAAAGAGUUGAGUGAUAAUCAUGGAAACCGCUUGGUAAUUGAUAGCAGAGAAAGUAAACAAUGAGAAACUGUCACUUGCUUAUACGCCCUAAUGAAAAAUCAACCGAGAAUUAUUGUUUAAUUUUUGUCGAUAAGGCGCUAAAUUAUUUUAGUAAAACACAUGAAAUAUGCCGCAAAGCAUGGAUUCUUCGAACAGCUCACCACCGACUCAUUCGAUAACGUUUCCAGAUAAAAUUACUACAUUUGAGUUGUCUAGUUAUGAGUGGUCUCAGAACUUAUUAUGCGUUGCUCUCCCCGAUAAACUGAUGUUAGGAGUGGUUCGAUUUCCGGAGGAAAGCGAACUGGAGUGCUUUGAGUGGAAUCAACUAAAGGAAGUUCACCAUGAAAGUCGCUGUCAUGCCGUAGCAUUCGCGCCUGAAACGUCGUUGGCGGUUCUACCCAAGGUGGUCGUUAUUUGUACGGCAGGAGCCGACUACAAUUUGCGCAUAUUCAACAGUGAUCUAGAAGAUGAUAAUACGAUACAGGUACUGCAAGGUCAUCGCGGCUAUGUGAAUCAGAUCAGCUGGGAUCCCGACGGGGAGUACCUGGCGUCUUGCGGAGACGAUCACAUGUGUAUUAUGUGGAAACGCAAGGAAAACUAUUCGAAAGGGUCGACAUUUUUCUUUGGCUCAGCGGUAGUGUCCGCCAAAUGGCAUCCUGAUGAGUCCGGUAAGGUACUUAUUGCCGAAAAGUCUGGAAUUGUGCAUCUUUACAAUGUGGAAUCGAAGCUAGCAAUAUUGUCAGUUGAGAGCAGUAAAAAUCCACUCAACUACGCUGACUGGAGUCUAAAUAAUUCAGCCUUUGUGGUAGCACUAGCAGGCGGAGAGUUGAUUUUCUGGGAUUUGAUGCGACCAAGUCGACCCAUAGAGAACAAACGAAUUCACGAGGAUUGUGGUCAUAUCGUCAAGUUUUCGCCACAUUCGGAAACCAUUGUUGCCAGCGUGGGACGUCCGAGGAGUACCCUAAAAGUUAUUCAUACUAAAAAUCAGAUUCCUCAAAUAGAAGCUAAGUUACUAUUGUAUGGCGGGCUGUGCUGGCACUACCAGCUUCCAUAUGUUGUAGCAGGUCAGGAUAGAAAAUUAUGUUUUUGGAAAAUUUCUCUUUGAACUGAUUAAACGGUGGUGAACUUCAAA